CCACGGCGCGCGAGGAUGCCCCACUCUCGAGGCGCCUUGGCUCGAGCUGCGGUCGUCAUGCUGGACUCGCUCAUGUUCCUCCUGGAGAAGCUCAUACUGCUCGCGCACGUCACUAUCUCCAGCCUGCUCUCCCCGCGCGGGACGGAUAACGGGGACAAGCCGCACUCCAAGCACUUUGAGCGGGCUGGGAUCCCGGCGGGCACCGGGGUGCCCCAGUACACCCACAUCCACCACGACCAAUUCAAGCCGGGCGAUCUGCUGGAGGUCCCCCGAACUCUGUUCACCCACUUUGGCAUCUAUCUCGGAGACGAACGCGUCGCGCACCUCAUCCCGGACAUCCUCCCGGUGCUGAAGAGCGAUGACCGCCAGAUCCGCGAGAUGGUGACCAACACGCGCCUGUUGCUAGGUGUGCUGUCCAAAAACGCGAGCGUGCGCGUGGACAACGUGGAGGACUUCGCGUAUGGCGCCGCGAUGCUGGUGAACGCGAUGGACCGCGUCGCGCCUCGUCCUGCGCUCGACAACGCGGAGGUGGCGCGGCGCGCGGAGAAGCUGGUGGGUGCCGUGACGUACAGUCUGCUCUGGAACAACUGCGAACAUUUUGUGACGUACUGCCGCUACGGCGCCGCCACCAGCAGCCAGACCGAGCAGUUCUGUGAGUGGUGCAAGUCUCUGAUCCGAGACCAGCGGUGUCUGCUUCUCUCCGUGCUCCUGGGAAUGGCGUCCAUGGUGUGUUUGGGCGUUUCCCUGGGUACCGCCCUGCCAUCCCUUCUCGUCCCCUUCACCCUGUGGAUGGUCAGUUAGGCCCGGUGACCGACGGUUACGAGGAAAUUAGACUUGUGUGGUACAAAGAUCGUCGCGUACGAAUGCUGACCUGACUUUUCUGGACGGGGUCAUCAUCGGUAGGAGGGGAGGGAGGUGGAGAUGGGGGGGGGGGGGUGUAAGGAACAAAUUACAUCAUCCCGAUUCUUGUUUUCCAACUUCACAAACGUACGUCUCUCGUAUGUGUCCUCUGUUUGACUCUCCCAAAAAAAAACUCCAAAACACCCUUGUGCGAUUGGCUGAUUCCCAGGAAGUUGGAGUGGCCUCGGCCCAAGAGCAAGAGCCACGACUCCCGCGCCAGGACAGAGGGAGGGAAACACUCUCCUCCGUCUCCCUUUACAGUCCACCUUCUAACUGCGGAGCAGUCCAUGAAAUCUCUACGAGCCUCUAAUGUCGACUUCACUCGCACAUCUGAUGUGGUAUGAAGAAAAGUGACAUCAUUUCCAUUCCUCUGUGUACAUUGUUAAUCCAUAAAUGAUUUGCCUUGUCGGUCUUCGAACCUACUCACGAUCAAAUGCAUGUAGAUAGCAUGUAUAUCAUUUUUAAUAAAUGCUAACUGCGGCCCUCUGCCCAGGGACACGUAUGGCUCCCGCACCAGAGGUUGGUUAGCCUUCCUCUAGAGGAGCGCUCUGCAUCAACUCGUUCAGAUCGGAACUUCUUCGAGACAUAAAUUUCACAAAGUGCUGUUUCUCCGGGAUGGGACAUUGUGUGAAAGCUUUGUAUUGUGUGUAAAUAGUGUUUCUGUGUUGUAUACUGUUUACAUGCAGUCCAUAUAUCAGACGAUAUCCGACGCAGGGAUGUACGAAAUGCUUUUGUAAAUAUUUGUAACCACUCUUUGACUUUGAUUGUUUUCUAACAGUCAAAUUGAAGUUUGUAGAUUUUUUAUAUAUUUUUUGAUAUCCUAACACUUUAUACUGUAUUUUCAUCAAAGAAAAUAAUAAAAUGUUUUGAACAGAU